CAUAUGAUAUUGCGUUGAUGGGUUUUGUUCACCAACUGUGAAACAUGCGAGUGUAGUCGGCUAGCUUGAUGCUAACUUUAGCAUGUUGAUGUCCACCUGUUAGAUUCUUCAUAUCAGACUGCAUUGGCCGCCAAAUGAAGGCGGUGGAUUCAAAAUAUUGGCAGUCUUUCAUUCCUGCUGUAAAGAAGCUAUUGCGCCUUUGUUGCUCUGCUCACAGUGACGUAACAAUGAGCAUCAACAAAGGCAAAGUUUCAGAAUCACUCUUGUCACAUAUAAAUAGUCCACAGACCAAAAGACAUUUUAUUGAGACCCUUGGCCAAAAGGAAACGAGAAUGAUUCCAGUGCUCUUUUUCUGUCUGUUUCUGCUGUUGGACCUGGCCUCACCGCUGGACCCUGCCCCUCGCAAAUUCGUGCCUUAUGACAACGCAUUUCAUCGCGCAUUUCACGAGGAGGGAGUGUUCAACUACUCCACCAUGCUGCUGAGGGAGGACCUGGACCUGCUGGUGGUGGGUGCCAGCGGGAUGCUGUACGCCCUCCACCUCGAUGACAUCUCCAAGAAAAACGACUCGGUGGAAUGGAACGUGACACCGGAGCAAGUCACCAAUUGUGUAUGGAAAAGAAAAAAUGGAGCAAUUGGCUGCAGAAACCAGAUUAAAACUCUGUUGAAACGACAAGACAACAGGAUGUAUGUAUGUGGAACCAACGCCUUCAACCCAAAAUGUGAUUAUAUGGCAUAUGAGGAUGGAAAGUUGACUCUUGAGAAUAAGAGAGAGUCUGGAGUGGAGAGGGUCCCAUAUGAUCCCUUCGAGAGGUCUACUGCGAUCAUGCUCGAAAACGAUCUCUACUCUGCAACAUCAGUGAAUUUUCAAGCGACUCAAAAGGUCCUGGUACGACGUUCUCAAACCCUCAUGCGAACUGAUGAUAGAAGAUCCUGGUUCUAUGACCCUGAUUUUGUUUCCCUGGAGAUGAUACCUGAGAGUGAAAACAGCGACACUGGAGAUGAUGACAAGAUCUACCUGUUCUUCACUGAGACAGCUGUGGAGUAUGACAGCUACAAAGACGUGCUUGUUAGCCGCGUGGCUCGAGUCUGCAAGGGUGACCGUGGAGGUUCAAGGACUUUGCAAGACAAAUGGACAUCUUUCAUCAAGGCCAGACUAGAAUGUCCAGUUCUGGAUUCCAAGUUGCCAUACGUUAUCCAGGACACCUAUCGCUGGUGUGACCCCCAACAAGACUGGAAGUCAUGUCUGUUCUUUGCUGUCUUCACAUCACAGACUCCGCCAACAGACAUGUCAGCAGUAUGUGUUUACCAAGUGCCGGACGUCAGCAGAGUAUUUGCCGAAGGACAAUUCAUGACUGAAGAAGUGGUGGGGGGGAUAGAUUUGAAAUGGUUUAAGCAUCACAAGGAAUUGCCAGUACCUCGGCCUGGUGCGUGCAUAGAUAAUGCAGCACGUAAAGCCGGCUUCGUUCAGAGUCUCGACCUUCCCGACUCCACUCUAAUGUUCAUUCAGAAACAUCCACUGAUCGGUGACCCGGUGAGGCCAGUCGGACAGAAAGCUUUGCUGUUUAUAAAGGGAGUCAACUUCACACGCAUCAUCGUCGACCAAGUUCAGUCUGCAGAUGGCGACAGCCAUUAUGUGAUGUUCAUCGGCACAGAAAGAGGAACCAUCGUGAAAGCAGUCAACUACGAUGGAGAGAUGAUCAUCAUCGAAGAAGUUCAAGUCUUCAAGCGUUCGGAGCCUGUCAAGAUUCUCAAGUUCUCCAACGUCACGCGUCAGAUCUACGCAGGCUCAGACUCUGGAGUCGUGCAGGUGUCAGCGUCCUCCUGUGGAAGAUCUUUGUCUUGCGUGGACUGUGUUCUUGCCAGAGACCCUUACUGUGGCUGGGACCAAGCUGCUGGCCGAUGUACUGCUCUGUCUGCUGCACCCAGUCUCCUGCUCCAGAGUGUUAAAGAAGGCAACGCCUCUCUGUGUCCCAAAACUGAAGUUCGAACUGAGAAGAAAUCCCUCGCUGCUCCUGGGUAUCUGAAGCUUCUCUGCUCUUCAGAAUCAAAGCUGGCUACAAUCAGGUGGGAGAAAGAUCAUUCUCCACUGGUCUCUUCACCUCGUCGUCUGGAGCUAGAAGAUGGACUGCUCAUCCUGAAUGUCUCAAAGUCUGACACUGGUCUCUACCGCUGCCUCUCUGUGGAGAGGUCCAGAGAGGAUGAAUACAUAACUGUAAUUGCCCAGUACAAUGUUACCAUGGAGGAAGAAACCAGAGAAGCUCAGGUUCCGCUGUACAAUUACCCUGUCCUUGCUCAGCAGGUCGCGUUGGUGCUGGCCGUCUGUGCUUUCUUUGGGAUCCUAAUCUGGAACUUCUACAAAGGUCACUUAGUCCUUCCUUGUAAGCGUGGAAGACAGAGAGAUAAUGUGGAUCAGGAAUCUCAAAUAUUUGUCAGCAGCAAGGAGCAGCUUGACACAGAACAAAAUGAGGUUUCCACUCUAGAAUAAAUCAUGUUUAGACCCUGUUCAGCAGUGAAAACACUCAACUCAGUAUUACGUUGAAGCUUAAAUUGAUAAAUUUUCUUUCUGUGAUGCAUCUCUGGGCUCACUGAGAUUAAUAAGGAGCCGAUUAAAGAACUUUUUUUUCCCCCUAGAAUAACAAAAUCUGACCACACCUAUUAAAUAAAUGUAUUUUGCAUGACAAUAAUUUUUAUAUUUACAAUUUUUGACCUGCGUUGAUGUAAGUGUAAUUUGUAAAUGUGCACAUUUGUAAAUGUAAUCAUUUUAUGUGGCUUCAACUUCAUUGCAUUAUUUAUUAAAUAUCUGUGGUUUUCAUUUACUUUUUUUCUCAUUUUAAAUUUUAUCGUUCUUUCUCUUAAAAAGACCAUCAUUUUUUUAAUGCGAGAGUUGUGUAUGUGUAAGUCUUUAUUUAUAUGCUGUUUUUUUAAAUUAUAACUUUUAUUAUUUUUGUUCAACCCAUGUUCACAUAUUGCUGAAUGUCAUUAUUGUAAUAAAAUAGAGUAACAAUGUCAAAAAUCACACACGUAUCUACAGAUUCCUGACCCGAUGUUCACUGAGCUGCUGUACAGUUACAGCUGACCAGUGGGAAACACACUUUGAUGGACUUGUUCUAACAGACCUUGGGACAUGCAAUUCUGUAUUGCAGAUACUCUUUU